GCCUUGGUCUCACCUGGGCAGUUGCUUGCUGGCUCGCGACAGAAGAAAGUCAAUUAUAAUACGACAUCAAACGGCUUUAGUUAAGACACCCGUAGCCAUCGAUGCGCAAUUGGUGAUGAAGUCCCCGAACAGCUUUAUUUCCGAGCUCUCCUGAUACCUCGACGGCCUGAACCCAUAUUACCAAUUGUAUGAAGCUCCGACUUAGCGUGUCUACGUCGCGCGAGCUUGCCAACUCGAUCAGCAGCAAUUUAGACACCGGGAAGAUAACGACAUCCCUACCAUGGCGCAGCUACUACAAGAUCUCAUAUAUUCUUUCGGGAAUUGCUUGAACUGCUUUCCAGGGUCCCCAACUCUCAAGAUCAAUAGCCGCUCCUUCAAGAUCCUGCGCUUACUCGGAGAAGGUGGCUUCAGUUAUGUUUACCUUGUACAAGACACGGCGACAGCCGAGCUAUUCGCUCUAAAGAAAAUUCGAUGUCCUUUUGGUACCGAGUCCGUCCAGCAAGCCAUGCGUGAAGUCGAGGCGUACAAGACGUUUGCGCAUACACCUUCGAUUAUCCAUAGCAUCGACUACUCAAUCGCGAGCGAACGGAACGACGCCGAAUCAAAAACAGUCUAUGUGUUGCUGCCAUACUAUAGGAGAGGAAAUUUGCAGGAUAUUAUCAAUGCGAAUCUAGUCAACCACACCAACUUCCCUGAAAAGGAACUCAUGCGCUUGUUUUUGGGUGUUUGCAAAGCUAUGAAGUUCAUGCAUCAAUACCGCGCUCCACGUGGUGGAGAGCGUAUGGAAAUGGGGAAUACGAAGGCCGGCGAGGAGGAUCAGAACGGGGGGGCCAAGAGGAAUCGAGCCUCAGCUGCUGCCGAUGCCGACGAUGAGACGGAACAGGCGAGGCCUCUAAUGGUUGAAGAGCAGGUUGUAGCGCCAGGCGAGCAGCGAUCCUGGGCACACAGAGAUAUUAAGCCAGGCAACAUUAUGAUUGAUGACUCCGGAUCGCAACCAAUCAUUAUGGAUCUAGGCUCAAUUGCAGAGUCGCCAAUAGCGAUUACAUCACGGUCUUUAGCCAUCGCCACACAAGACACAGCGGCAGAACACAGCACCAUGCCUUACCGCGCCCCCGAGUUAUUUGAUGUGAAGACGGGGACGGUUAUUGAUACCAAGGUAGACAUUUGGUCGCUGGGCUGUACAUUAUAUGCUUGUCUUGUAGGAAAAUCGCCUUUCGAAAUGCGUAGCGACGAAACGGGUGGCACUCUCAGCAUGUGCGUCUUGGGUGGCGACUGGCGGUUUCCCGACGAAGGACCACAGAGAAACAAGAAGGGAAAGAACACGGCUAGUGCAAAUUCCGGCUCCGAGAGCGGCGUAAUUAGUGAGCCUAUCAAGGAAGUAGUGAGGAAAUGCCUGAAGAUUGAGCCCAGUGAGCGGCCGGAUAUUGACGAAUUGAUAACGAUGACAGAGGAGGUUAUUAGCGAGCUACCCGACGACGAGGUAUAAGGUCGUCUCUUCGAGGCCCGGCGGUUUUCUUUCUUUCUUUUAUUUUCUUCUAGGGCUCAUUUUAUUUGUACUUUCAAUUUUUCGUAGGCGGGUUCUCAUUGUCAUGAUUGUUUCUACCUGCUAGCGUAGAAAGGCGUACAGAUCUGUUGGUCACGAUGUCACUUUAUAGACAUUGUAUUUUCUAGGCAAGCUUGCUGAGCUCUAAAGCCAGUACACCUUUAAGUUGUAUGAGUAUAAUAUUUCUAUGAUACCAUAUACCUCAGGUCACGCAAGUUAGUUCAGUUCAGAGACCUGAGAGUCUGUGAUACCUGCUGACCCAAUGCUAGUAGUAGACAUUGGUCACAAUACCUACAUUAUGUACUUAGCAAUGGCCAGUGCGCUCCACUUUAUUUUGCCAAUCAACCCAAGGCCGCAUCUUUCACGCUCA